AUCCUCUUGCACAUUUAAUAUAAACUUUCAAAGGAAUUCUCAUGGACGUGGAUCAACCCAAGGCCAAGUCUGGUGCACCCUUCGUGCUCGAUAUCUUGUCGCUCACAAACGAAGCUAGAAACGCGUAUGGAUUGCGUCGUCAGGAGUAUGGCCGGUACAGACACCAUUGUACGCAAAGACUUCACAGAAUCAGGAAGACCCUCGGAUUCACCCAUGGGAAAGAUAAAAGCUUUGUUGCUCGUCCUAUCACUGCUGAAACUGUGACUGAUGAAAAGUAUUUACAUCUGUUACUCUUCCAGGCGGAGCGUGCCUGGGGCUAUGCCAUGGAGAUCAAGGGACUUUCAGUCGCAUUGGAUGACAGUCGCAAGCAGAGCCACUACAUGAACCGGCUAAAGAAGGCUGCAAAGUUCGCUCAACAAUUGGAAGAAAUCUGUUCAGCCAAGACAGGGAUGGUGGAUAUUAGGACUGCAUUGGAUGCCCAAGCAUAUGCUGCACUCAUGUCUGGAUAUGUGCUCUUUCAGGCUCAACAAUGGCAGGGUGCACUUGAGAAGUUCUCUGCUGCACGGGCCAUCUAUGACAAACUCUCUCUCGCAGGGACAUCUCAUCAGGAAGCACUUUGUCAUGCUGCGAUGGACGAGAUUGAUCCGAAUAUCAAAUUCUGUGGAUACCGUCUUCGUCUUUCCAAGGAUGGUGUUGUGGACGUGGAGGAGCUUGUCAAGAUGUCAGCGGUGAAUAAAGGAUCCGGAUCAGAUGUGUUGAUGCGUGAGAUUGAACAUCUUAUUGGCCAGACACGACAGGCGAGAGCCCAGGAUUUGCAUUCGAUCACCUGGAGAUCAAAACAGUUACCGUUGAAGGAUCCUAAGCUGGCGACUGCUAUCCUUAAAGCGCAGGAGACUGCUGCAGAGCUCAGUCAUGUGGAGGGAGCGUCCAAGGAGGCGAAGUUGGAGAAAUUUGACAAGGUUUUGCAGGCGUAUGCUGAAGCAGAGAAACAUAUCAAGAAGGCGCUCAAAGAGGAUGCUGUUGCAGCAGCUAGGGUCAGGUCUUCAAAAUCAGAGCAGAAUACAGCGGAACUGAACAUGAUUGCGAGUUACAUCAGCUACUCGAGUCUCAGACAUACGAUCGAGCGAAACUUGUUCCUUGCUAAGGAUAUCUAUAACAGGCUUGAAGGAAAGGAGACAACGGCGGAUCGGAACGAGGAUGUUCAAUAUCAAAACCUUGUGAAGGCAUAUGAUAACGUGGUGCAGAAUCUGGCAGCUAUUCAAGAGCUUCCAGGAGUUGCAGCGGAUGUGGAAUUGUCGAGGAAGGUGGAGAGGGCGUUAUUGUAUUACAAGGGCUGGCGAUGCUUUUUCACAGCGACUGCGUACUUUAAGCUGUCACGUCAUGUUGAGGCCAUUGCAUUGUUUGAUCGUGCACAGAGCUAUGCCACACAGAUCCGUAGCGAACUCGGAAGGACGAUUGGGAAACAUGAGGCUGAUUCGUUUUAUGUGACCGAGGAAGAGUUGAAGGAAAUGGAGAGCAAGAUCCGGGGCAGGAAAUGUCAGGUGCAUGCGGCAUGGUAUUUGGAACAUGGACAAGAAGAAAGUCUUGAGGAGAAGCUGUCGUCUAUGGACUUGAAUGACAAGUCGUUGGAUGAGCCUGCAUUGAUCAAGCAUUUGGAUACGUAUCCAACAUCGAUUACAUCGAAGAGUAACCCAUUGGUACCCCAUCUAGUUGAUUUCCCGCCGACACUGCAGGCGAUCCCGGCUAAACCACUGUUCUUUGAUAUUGCCUUCAAUCACAUGGAUUAUAACCAUGAUGCACUGGCAGAAAGAGCAGGCCAUCCUCGUCAACAGAGUGAAUCCUCUAGUGGAUGGUUUGGAACGAUCUGGGGUCGUAAAUAGAUGAACACAGUGAUGCUUAGUAAGGAUGAUCUUAUUAAAAAAAGAAAAGAAGGGAAAAAAAAUGUAUUAGCCUAAUGCAGACUAGUAUUUAAUGGAAGUUUAAAAGAAUG